UUGUUAUUAUUCCAGGAAGAGGGGACGGGAAAGCACUGAACUGCGUCAACAAUUGUUUUUAUGAUACAUUCGGAUUUCAGCUACUGUUCAACAUGGCAACUGGCCACUGCUGAGUAAUUUAUGGCAUUGUUCCUGGACGGGACUUUAUCAGAUAACAACAUGGACACAUCAAACUUUGCCCACGUCAUCUUCCAGAAUGUGGGGAAGAGUUACUUGCCCCAUGCUGCACUGGAGUGUCAUUACACCCUGACGCAGUUCAUCAAACCACAUCCAAAGGACUGGGUUGGCAUAUUCAAGGUUGGUUGGAGCACAGCAAGGGACUAUUACACAUUCUUGUGGUCGCCUCUCCCUGAGAACCAUGUGGAAGGCACCGCAGUGCAUAGAACGGUGGUCUUUCAGGGGUAUUAUGUGCCCAAUGACGAUGGCGAGUUCUACCAGUUCUGUUAUGUGACCCACAAAGGCGAGAUCCGGGGAGCCAGCACGCCAUUCCAGUUUCGUGCCAACAGCCCCUCAGAGGACGAACUGCUGACUGUCGAGGAUGAAUGCAACUCAGACAUCCUAGUGGUCACCACCAAGGCUGGCUUCCUUGAGCAAAAGGUGGAAGAAGCCCAGAGAGAGAAAGACGAGCUGGUCAAAAACAUGGCCCUCCUGCAGCAGGAGAAGGAACAGCUGGAAGCUGAGAAGGAGUGCCUGCAGAAGGAGUAUGAGAAGGAGAAAGAAACCUGUGCCCAUCUGCGAAAAGAGAACCAAGAAGUACAGAAUUCUUCCCAGGCCUUGCAAGAGGAGAAAGAGGAGGUAAAGAGGAGGCUGGAGGAGGCCACAGCUAGAGUUAUACAGUUGGAGGAGGACCUGAUUGGAGUCACCCAGAAGGGUCUGCAAAAGGAAACUGAGCUGGACAGUCUCAAGGAUAGAGUCAAGAAACUUUCAGCAGAGAAGGAGGCACUUGAAUCUCAUCUCAAGAAUGAAAAGGAUGAGAAGGAACUCUACAAGAUUCACCUGAAAAACCGAGAGCUGGAGAACACUAAACUGAGUGCAGAGCUGCAGAUGCUGAAGUCCGUGGACGUUAACAAGGAAAACACCAUUGCCCAGUUUAAAGAGGAGGUGGGACGCCUGCAGGCGUGCCUCACUGAGAAGGAGAAACAGUACAGAGAGAUCCUGGCCAAAGUCCCCCCCUUGGGAGAACUGAAGGCCCUGAAGGAGCAGCUGCGACAGAAGGAGGAGCAGCUCCAGGCCAACCAGCAGCAGUCCUCUUUGUUAGCCGCUGAGUUGAGGGACGCCUCUAGCACCCGCGACCGGACCAUGUCUGAACUUUACCACAUGAAGCUGGAGGCUGAUGCCCUUCGCCAGGCCAAGGCUGAAGCUCAAGCUCAGUGUGUCCGCCUGGCAGAGCAGAUGAAGGCAGAGGCCGAGCAGGAAGCUACCAAAGCAGAAGAAGAAGCUGCUGCAGACCCAGCUGUAGUAGCGGAGCUGCAGAGAGAAGUGGAGGACCUGAAGCUGCGGCUGCACAUGGCUGCAGAACACUACAAGGAGAAAUACAAGGAAUGUCAGCGACUGCAAAAACAAGUGCUCAGACUCUCUGAGCAGCAAGGGGAGUUGAAGAGAAGCUCAGCACAAGAGGCCACAAUAAUCCCUGCAUCAGUGAGUCCAGACACAUCAGUGCCAGGGAGUCCAGGUUCUGCUGAUCCUAUGCUGGAAGCCAUCAUCCAGGAGAAGCUCAAAGGCAUAAGCAGAGAGGCAUCUGACAGGAAUGACAAGUACAGGAAAUGCAAGCAGAUGCUUGUGGAGGAGAAGGAUCGUAGCUGCAUGUUUGCUGAUGAGUUGGCCAAGAUGGAGGUGAAAUUUAAGGAACAACUGAAGACCAAUGAGAACCUGAAACUGCAGUUGGCAGCAGAGGAAGACCGCUACAAGAGCCAGGUAGCUGAGAAGGGACGGGAGCUGAAGGAACUGAAGGACACUCUAGCACUUGUUGUUAAGGAGAAGGAAAAACUGGAGGAGGAGUUCCAGAAGGCCAGCAGCAGCAGGAAGGGAGAUCAGGGGGCCAGUGAGAAAACCAGUUUGGAGAGUAACCAGUCCAGUGUGCCUUUGUUCCUGCAGUACCCUGUCCCAUACACCCAGGAUGCCCCCACCCCUCUGCUGGUCUCUCAGAGCCCUACCAAGCUGCAUUUUGGGAACCCUUACUCCAUCUCAGACUCAAAAGAUGAGGGAGACGAGGAGUUCUCAGAUGACCAGCUGCUCAGGCUGCCCCCUGUGGGCCCUCCCUCCUGGGACAGUAAUGUGGUGUGUAUCCAACCCACCCGCAACCACAGCCGGCCAGAAGGCCACGAGGAGUCCGAGGAAAAGCAAAACAACACCAAUGGUAAUACCGACGAACAGCCUGCAGCAACUGAAGCUCACAGCCCAUUUGUGAACGAUGGACAAACUGCCUUCUGCUUUGAUCCCAGCAUGGACAUGAAGCGAUGUCCACUGUGUGAGGUCAUCUUCCCACCCAACUAUGACCAGAGCAAGUUUGAGGAGCACGUGGAGAGCCACUGGAAAAUCUGCCCCAUGUGCAGCGAGCAGUUCCCGCUGGACUGCGACCAGAAGGUGUUUGAGAAUCAUGUGCUCACUCACUUUGACGGCCACCAGCUCAACUUUGACUAGAGAAACGGAAAGUCAGCACAUCCGGUCUGCCUACUUCCUGUCACCACUGAAAUAAAUCACUGCACUCUUUUCUGCAUGUAAUGGUGUGAAGAUCCAUUCUUUAGGACUAUACUAACUUUCGCUUUGUUACGUCAAGUUAGAAAAACACUUUGAAGUGAUGUGACAUUUUGAAAUGACAUUCAAAUUCAGUGUGUAUGGCAGGGCUAUUGAAUCUGUUUGCAAAUCAGAUUUUUUUUUUAUAGGUGGCAGAUUUCCCUUGGAUUAGAAGAAUAAUUUAGUAAGGGUCAGACCGUUGUACGUAUAUAUACAGACUAUAAAUUGACUUGGCUCUCACAGAUCUGUUAGACGACAGGACGUAAUGAAUCAGGGAAAGAGAGAAGUGUUUACCAAACUUACAUUUAAAACAUCCAGCCAAAUGGUUCCCCACGUAAGCAUCACUGUACAAGUCAUUUGCUCAGUCUUUAUAGAAAGCAGCCUUGGUGCACUAUAUGCAGUCAGGGAGAAAUCUUCAGUGAUUACAUUCAGACAUGAUUAUACAGUAUAUCAUCAGAUCAUCUAUUUUAGAAUAAUUAAAGCCAAUGAUAUUGUGAAAGCCUUGAUAAUUUGUGUAUGAUAGAUUUGUGUUAUGUUAGGUUUCCUUUGUUUUGAUUUUAAUGAGGGUUCAAACCCUGAAGGGGUACGACCCUGUUGUGUUUGUGCCGUUUUUUUUUAUUAUUACUGUCAUUUGUCGUCUGCCGCAGCGGCUCAAAUUGCAGUGAGCUGGAAUGAGCUACAAACAUGAAAAGUCGGCCCAAAAACUGGAAAUGACUUGCAAGUGCUUCAUAAGAAGUAUGAGCCCAGUCAGCUGGUCAGUGGCGCUGUAAUUAAGGCCCAAAAAAAAUGUAGUCUUGGAAAGGCAGCGCCCCGCACACUGUAAGAUUGGCUUGAAAUUUACCUUAAAAACUCACUCGAGGCAUGGUCUCACACCUUCUUUAGACAGACUUAAAGUAGCUGAAGCGACUUUGAUGGUCAUCACUUGUCUGGGCUUUAAUUUUGGCCGAUUGAGCUCUUUCCUUCUGUUCGGCGCAAAAACGAUCUGACCCCGCAAAUUGCCGCUUGCAGCAACAUUUAUUUAGUUGGGCUUUUGUGUCAGAAUUCUUAAGAACCUUCAUAUCAUCAGCUAAUCAGUGCAUGUUGAGCUUAUGUUCAGUUUCCUCCUUUUCUUCUUUUCUUUUACAGCAUUAAGUUAUUUUAUUCAUAGAAGCCUUUCAUUUGUAAGUGAGUUUCAGUAUCUAAAAUAACUAAUAAAGUCUGUUUGAAACUAAA